AUGUCGGGCAGCGCGAGUAAAGCGGCGGCGAAGAACGCGUGGCGCCGCGCGAAGGCGAAGAAGGAGAAGGCCGAGGCCGCAACAUCUAGAGAAGUUUCUGUACAACCAGCCACUGCCGAAAAUGGUAUUGCGCCGUCCGCAGAGCCCAAGGCCGAGACCACGCCCGAUAACGAUGCUCAACCCGCCCCCGACAGCAAUGCCCCUUCAUCUCAAGCUCUUGCCGUCAUGCAAGAUGACAUCAACCCUGACGACCCACUCUAUGAUCAGUUCAAGGGUGUCCUUGAGAAGUUCCAGGAGUCGGAAGCGGACAAGAGUGAUGGCCAGAUAGCUCAGAAGCCCGAGGUUAUGUGGGACGAUGAUGAGGUUCCGGAGGAGGAGGACGAUCAGCCGAAGCCGCUGUCGAAGAAGAAGAAGAAGGAGUUGAACAAGUUGUCCGUAGCAGAACUGAAGGCCCUGGUCAGGAAACCUGAACUCGUCGACUGGACCGACACAUCUUCACCGGACCCUCGGUUACUCGUCGCCAUCAAAGGUCACCGCAAUGUCGUCCCCGUCCCGAGUCAUUGGUCGCUCAAGCGCGAGUACCUUUCGUCGAAACGCGGUAUCGAGAAGCCGCCCUUCGCCCUCCCCAAGUUCAUCCAAGAGACUGGUAUCGCCGAGAUGCGCGAUGCUGUUCUGGAGAAGCAAGACCAACAGACGAUGAAACAGAAGCAGAGGGAGCGCGUGCAGGGCAAGCUGAACAAACUUGACAUUGACUACCAAAAGCUCUACGAGGCAUUCUUCAGAUUCCAGACGAAGCCUGAGCUGACCAGGUAUGGUGAGGUGUACUACGAGGGUAAGGAGUACGAGACCAACUUGAAGCACUUGCGUCCCGGUGAGCUUAGUGAGGAGCUGAAAGAGGCUCUGAACAUUCCGCCUGGCGCUCCUCCGCCUUGGCUGAUUAACAUGCAGCGUUUCGGUCCGCCUCCCUCGUACCCUGCACUGAAGAUACCGGGUCUCAACGCACCGCCACCCCCUGGGGCUCAGUGGGGAUUCCACCCUGGCGGAUAUGGCAAGCCUCCGGUUGAUGAGUACAACAGACCCCUCUACGGAGGUGAUGUGUUUGGUGUCCUUCAGCCGAAUCAACCUGAGCAUGUCGGCGAACCCGUUGAGAAAACGUUGUGGGGCGAGCUGCAGGAACCCGAAGAGGAAUCGGAGGAGGAAGAAGAGAGCGAAGAGGAGGACGAGGAUGAGGACGAAGACGAGGACGCUGGCGGAAUGGACGCCAGUGGCCUUGUGACACCAGGCGGCAUGGCAUCGACUGUCCCGUCCGAAUACGGCGGCGCAGAAAGUGUUGGUGGUGACUUCACUCUACGCAAACAACGCCGCGGUACCGAAACAGAGGAACCGACACAUCCCCGCUCGGCUUACACGGUGCUGCCCGAACAGAACAUCAAGGCCUCAGGCUUCUUUGGUGGCGAGAAGGCAUACGACCUUAAAACCGCUCAGCAGAACCUUCCAGUCCUUGGGCAGGAAGACAGCGGUAGGAAAAAGAGGAAGGCAGGCGAUCUUGACGUCAGUGUCGACAUGGAUGCCCUGGAGAGGGAUGACAAGUUGAGCAAAGAUGAGAUCAAGAGGCAAUAUGAGGUCCAGCGCCAGGCUGAACAGCAGGGCGGCUGGGGCUCCGCUUACCAGGAUGAUCUCAGCUCGAUGAUUGCCGAAGAGAGUGCCAAGCGACUGAAGAAGGAUCAAGAGCGCCGCGGCAGGCGCUAA